AUGACCCAACUCACUUGGCUUAUCACGGGCUGCUCAUCCGGCUUCGGAGAGGAGCUUAUUCUUAGUGUUUUAGCCCGAGGCGAUCGAGCUAUAGCUACCACCCGAGGAUCUACAGAUCGUAUCAAGCAUCUGAAGGAUGCCGGUGCCGCUACCAUGUCGCUUGAUGUGACUGAUUCACAAGCCAAACUCGAUGCAAAAGUCCAAGAAGCUCUCAAAAUUUACGAUGUCAUCGAUGUCCUGAUCAACAACGCUGGCUACAUUGAGGCUACAUUGAGGCUGGAUUAUCAUGAAAGACUCGUCGCAAGCUGCAACACCAACCUAUUGGGGCCUAUCAAUUUGACUCGUUCAAUUCUUCCCCACUUUCGGCAACGAAAAGCUGGAACCAUUAUAUUCAUGGGUUCCGUUGGUGGCUGGCAAGGUGAGGUUGGUGCAGGCCCAUAUUGUGUGGGAAAAUUUGGACUGGAAGGUAUCGUGGAGUGUCUUCAAAAGGAGACAUCUCAGUUUGGUAUUCGGACCGUGGUCAUUGAGCCAGGCUACUACCGUACAAAAGUAUACUCUGAAGCCAAUGUCAAGUGGGAACCAUUUUCGAUCCCAGAGUACGAACCCACGCAAACUGCUUUGAAAGGCAUGGUGAAAGCUGUUGAUGGCAAUCAACCCGGUGAUCCCAAGAAGGCUGCAGAGCGCAUCGUCGAUAUUGUCAGACGAGAAGGCUUGGCGGCUGGAAAAGAAACCCCACCAAGACUUCCUCUAGGCCCAGACUGCCUCCAGCAGCUUAAAGAUAAAUGUUUGUCCACGUUAAAGAUCUUGGAGGAUUGGGAAGAACUCAUUGUCAGCACAAACCUUGAUGGCAAGUAG